CAGAGGUCUCAGCUGGUUGAGAGGUGAUAAGUAUGUACUGGAAAUAAAAUAAGAUAAUUAAACACCUACAAAACAGACUCCAUCACGCAAACACGAAUAGGCGACGUAGAAGUUGCUCCGACGUGACAAAGUAAAUCUUGACGAGUCAGCGCGAGCUGGGUGAGAAGAAAUGUGUUGGCUAGUCAGUUGACUAGCAUGACAACAUUGCAAAUACGGCACAUAAACACAAACUCAUUAUACAUAAAAGUAACGGAUAAAGUCAAAGACUGAAUACGCUCGAAACAAUAUGUGUGCUGCUUGUGUCAGAAAGUAUUCUGUGUGAAAGAAGAGGAAAUAACUUGAACAUUUGCCACACUUAACAGUCUUUUGCUCUUGUUUCUGUGGUUUUUAAUGUGAAAUUUGCUAAGAUAAUACUGCUAUGCCUGUCAGAGCUGUUUGCCACUCCCAGCUAUAAGGAAGUUGCUGAUGACCCAUAUAGAGAUCACCCGCACUGAGGACUACAGCAGCAGUUCAUGUGCAAUCCAGCAAAGGACGUCUUGAGCAGAAGACAGAGUAUGUGGCUUCAGCAGAGAUUAAAAGGCCUUCCUGGAUUGCUCUCCAGCAGCUGGGCCCGACGUGUUUUGGUUGGAUUACUUCUCUUCCUUAUUUUCUACUGGUAUUCAAGCUCAGAUGGGUUUCUGAAGUUUCUAAGCAUCUCCAGGGAGUCAGGCGGUGCUGCAGGUGUGUGUUUGCAGACUGAUAUUCAAAGGUGGCAGUCACUGGUUGACCGAGGGGAGGGAAUGCUUUCUACCCCGCAGACAAAACAAUCAGUACCGUUUGUGGUAGGUAAUGGAUAUUUUCUGAUUGACGUGGACUCUAAUAAACUCUGGGUAGCUUCAUCUUCACAGCCUGGGUCUGCGCCGGUUCACCAAACAGACUAUUCUCCAAUAGUACAGUUGCAGAUGCCAGGAACACGCUUGGAGGCACGGGCUAUGAUGCUGUGGCACAGAAAAGGCUCUGUGCUAUCAUCCCGCUGUGUUCUGACAGGUAAUUUUCAGUCACCUCGUGAUUGUGUCAUUGUACGAGAGGAAAUCAUCGCUCAUCGCAGCCGACCCAAUGUUUAUCUUCAGAGGAUUCACAUAUCAAACCCUACGGACCACGGGAUUUCAGUGGACGUGUCUGUGGAGUCGCCUUUGUUUAGGAGCACGGUGGAGAAGGUGGAAGACAAAGAAUUUGUGCUCUCCUCAGGUAAGGUUCUCACGAUGAAGAAAGACAUUGUGUUUGUGGUGGUGGCUACCAAGAAACUAAGCGGCAAGAUCCAGGUACCUGCCAAGUCGGACUACUCAGAAAACGUGGUGAGUGUGAUUCACACUUCAGAGCCAACUGAGGGAGCGAAACUGGAUGAGACCCUGGGCAAGCUCCGAGAAGGAGUCAAGAGAGAGAUGGUGGAUGUCCUCAGAUCGAAUGUGGAGGAAUUAGUGCAAGAGCACCAGCAAGCAUGGGUGGAUCUCUUCACAUCUGGUGUGGAGAUCAGAAAGAUUACAGAUGCCCACACUCCAUCCAGUCGUACGGUCAACAACACCCUUUACUACAUUCUCUCCACCUCCACAGCACCCCUGUUAGAUCAAAGUCUGACAGCAGAAGAGCUUGAACGGCUGGAGUCCAGCCUGAAUUACGCCGACCACUGCUUCAGCGGCCACGCCACCAUGCAUGCUGAGAACCUGUGGCCCGAGCGACUCACCAACGUAGCUCAGAUCCUUCAGCUCGUCAACCUCUGGAACUUGACUUUCCAGAAAAGAGGCUGUAAGGUGCUUGUGGCAGCAGGCACUCAUGGAAUGAUGCAAGGCAUGGUCCUUAGUUUUGGCGGUCUGCAGUUUACUGAAAACCACCUCCAGUUCCAGGCUGACCCAGACGUUCUUCACAACAGCUACUCUUUGAGGGGCAUUCAUUACAAUAAAGACCUUAUCAAUUUGGCUGUGUUGCAGGACGUUGAAGGCAAACCCUUCCUACAUGUAUCUGUCAAGCCUCAGGAGAAACCAGUGAAACUGUACGCCUGUGAAGCCGGCUGCAUGAAUGAGCCCGUGGAGCUGACCUCGGAGCUGCGAGGUCACAUGUUUCCAGUGAUGGUGACCCAGCCCAUUACUCCCCUGCUAUACAUCUCCACCGAUCUUACUCACCUCCAGGACCUGAGGCACACCAUGCAUGUUAAGGCCAUCUUGGCUCAUGAAGACCACAUGGCCAAACAGUAUCCAGGGCUGCCCUUCCUCUUUUGGUUCAGUGUGGCAUCCCUCAUCACGCUCUUCCACCUGUUUCUCUUCAAACUCAUCUACAAUGAGUACUGCGGGCCUGGAGCAAAGCCGCUCUUCAGGAGUAAGGAUGAUGACACUGAAUGAAGCCUAAUUGUGUGGAGAAACAUAUGGCUCUAUCUCUGGACGUCCUCUCAGGAUUGCUGGGGAAAUAGCAAUAUGUAAAAAAAAGAAAAAAGAAAAAAUAAUGAAUGUUUUCCUAUUUGCUGUGUGUAUUUAAUUCAAUAAUUUAAUUAUGAUCAAUUGCUGUUUUUUGAACAAGUUGCUAAAAUACAAAUGUACUUGAGGGUGCUUAGCCCCAGGUAGCAGUUGAUUCAGUUUUAAAAUUUUAAUAGAAAUCAUGAAGUAUCCAAACCAGUCUUUUUUAUUAUUGUAGCUUAAAAACAAGCAAAAUCAUGAAUGUGAAGUAAGGGCAAAAAAAAAUGAAUGGAAAAAUCCACUGGCAGCUCAUAUCCUAAUCAUAUUUAAACAUGUCCAUUUGUUAUUUAGAUUUGAAGUAAAAUCAGUUUUCAUUUUCAUUGCUUGUUGACAAGAUGAGAUGAGCCUUUAGUACUAAAUACUAUAUGUUCAUUGCAGUGCUUAUUGUUUGUAAUUUAUGAUGGAUCAAACACAUUUCUUUGAAUACUUCUCAACAAAACUAAUGUAACACAAAAUGUAUGUUUCCAGUCUUUACUGUAAAUCGACAACCUACUGAUUUACAAAUUACAUUAAUGCUACUGUAAUCAUACACUUUGGCUUACACCCUGACAAUGUGUCACAAUAUCAGUCUUAAACCACCAUUGUCAAGUUCUAUAAAUUACAACCAGCAAUGAUAUUAAUUUGUCUCUGUGCAUUUAAUCCAUGUAUAUCAUUACGCUUUAUUGUUAAGUGUGCCAUCAAUUUUAAAAGAAAAUAAUAACAAUAAAGAAAAGAUGGUGAUCGUUGAUGAAUCAACCCUUGUGGUAUUUGAACCUACAGACUUGCGGUUACCAGCUCAGAUCUUUAAGUACAAGGUUCAAUUGUACAUUCAAACUUGGAUGUUAUUUGGUUGCAUCUUAUAGUUAAAUACUGACAAGAAUAUCAAAUAUAUAAAAAAAAUUCAGAUAUACUGGAUAUUAUUUUUUAUUUUAAAAGUUCCUUUUAAAAUAAUUGUUUCAUGUUCAGGUUGUCCAAAAGUUGUAGUUGUUGUGUGUGCACCCAGUGGAAUAAAAAUAAAUAUCGAAUUGGAAACCAUUCCUCAAUAUAACAGUUGUUGGGUAAAACUGACCUUAAAUCAACAGAAUUUUGAGUACAGAAGAUGGCAGGACAUUUUACAAGGCCCUACUACUGGAAUAUUACUAAACAUCUGACCAAUUGUCCUUGUCCAGACUGAUCUCACAGUGAAAACGGAAACUUUAGCUAAUUGGUCUUUGCUUACAGAAAUGCAAAACACUGCCACUAGAGUCCAAAGCGGUUGGUGUUGUUUGCCGUACGGGCACGUGUUAGCUCCAUUUUCCGGAUGUAAUGUCCGGUGAGGGGCGCCAAAAACAAGUUGCGAAGUGCAAUGUACAGGCUAUAAUACAGUGAAGAGGACUACAUAUAAACCGUACCCCCUUUCCCAAGUCUAAUACCUAACCAUCAAUGAAGUAAAACUGUAAAGUUUGAGGGGGAAAUGCAAGCUUGCGCAUGUCAAUGAUUAUGUGAGCGCGCUUACUUCUUGGUUAUAACACGAUAUUCGAACUCUGGUCUCCCACGUUGCUGAUGCAAUGUGCUUCCAACCGCGCCACAGGGAAAGGUUAACGUGCUGGAUCAGAUGCAAACAUGUCUGAUUGGAGAUGGCACUUGUCAGCGAAUUGAUAUAAAAUGGCUGAUCCUAGGUUAAUGCAAGUUUGGAAACAGCACGUAACCUCCCGUGUAAUCAUGUUGUA